GCUUGGGGGUGUUCACGUGACGCGGUCCCUUUCCGGCCUACAAGCUGCCUGGCUGGGCGCGCGGGGGAGAGGCCGCGCUGAGGGGAGUCCGCCGCCGCCAUCAUGCCGGUCUACUUCCAGCGCCCCGAGAACGCCCUGAAGCGGGCCAAUGAAUUCCUUGAGGUUGGCAAGAAACAACCUGCCCUUGAUGUUCUUUAUGAUGUUAUGAAAAGUAAAAAACAUCGAACAUGGCAAAAAAUCCACGAGCCGAUUAUGCUGAAGUACCUGGAGCUCUGUGUGGACCUCCGCAAGAGCCACCUGGCAAAGGAAGGAUUGUACCAGUACAAGAAUAUUUGCCAGCAGGUGAACAUCAAAUCUUUGGAGGAUGUUGUUCGAGCCUAUUUGAAAUUAGCUGAAGAGAAAACUGAAGCUGCAAAGGAAGAAUCCCAGCAGAUGGUGCUUGAUAUUGAAGACUUGGAUAAUAUUCAGACUCCAGAGAGUGUUCUCUUAAGUGCUGUAAGUGGGGAAGACACUCAAGAUCGUACUGAUAGACUGCUUUUGACACCUUGGGUUAAAUUUCUGUGGGAAUCCUACAGGCAGUGUUUGGACCUUCUUCGAAACAAUUCUAGAGUGGAACGCCUCUACCAUGAUAUUGCACAACAAGCUUUUAAGUUCUGCUUGCAGUACACUCGUAAGGCCGAGUUCCGUAAACUAUGCGAUAACCUGAGAAUGCAUCUAGGGCAGAUCCAACGCCAUCAUAACCAAAGUACAGCAAUCAACCUCAAUAAUCCAGAGAGCCAGUCUAUGCACCUGGAGACGAGGCUGGUACAACUGGACAGUGCUAUUAGCAUGGAACUAUGGCAGGAAGCUUUCAAGGCAGUGGAGGAUAUUCAUGGGCUCUUCUCUCUGUCUAAGAAACCACCCAAACCCCAGUUAAUGGCAAACUACUAUCACAAAGUUUCAACUGUUUUCUGGAAAUCUGGAAAUGCUCUCUUCCAUGCAUCCACGCUUCAUCGACUUUAUCAUUUAUCAAGAGAAAUGAGAAAGAAUCUCACGCAAGAGGAGAUGCAAAGGAUGUCUACCCGAGUCCUUCUAGCCACGCUGUCAAUCCCUAUAACUCCUGAGCGAACAGAUAUUGCUCGUCUUCUGGAUAUGGACGGCAUUAUUGUUGAAAAACAGCGACGUCUGGCAACACUGCUGGGCCUCCAGGCCCCACCUACACGUGUCAGUCUUAUUAAUGAUAUGGUGAGGUUCAAUGUGGUGCAGUAUGUAGUUCCAGAAGUGAAGGAACUUUACAAUUGGCUUGAAGUAGAAUUCCACCCCCUAAAGCUGUGUACCCGUGUAACCAAGGUCCUGAACUGGGUGAAAGAUCAAGCUGAAAAGGAACCUGAACUGCAGCUCUAUGUCCCACAUCUGCAAAACAACACCAUUCUUCGACUCCUGCAGCAGGUGGCCCAAAUUUAUCAAACCAUUGAUUUUUCUCGUCUGGCUACCCUUGUUCCCUUUGUUGAUGCUUUCCAGCUGGAACGUGCUAUUGUAGAUGCAGCCAGACACUGUGACUUGCAAGUUCGCCUUGAUCAUACCUCUCGAAAAUUGAGCUUUGGAUCAGAUUUGAACUACUCUACUCGAGAAGAUGCUCCACUUGGUCCUCAGCUGCAAAGCAUGCCUUCUGAGCAAAUUAGAAAUCAGCUGACUGCUAUGUCUUCUGCUCUUGCUAAGGCUCUUGAAGUUAUUAAACCCCCUCACUUGUUGCAAGAGAAGGAGGAGCAACAUCAGAUGGCUGUUAAUGCUUACUUAAAAAAUUCAAGGAAAGAGCAUCAACGUAUCCUUGCUCGUCGUCAAACUAUAGAAGAGAGAAAGGAGCGUCUGGAAAGUCUAAACAUUCAGCGUGAAAAAGAAGAGCUGGAGCAACGUGAAGCUGAACUACAAAAAGUUCGUAAAGCUGAGGAAGAAAGGCUGCGCCAGGAGGCAAAGGAGAGAGAAAAGGAGCGUAUUCUGCAGGAGCAUGAACAAAUCAAAAAGAAAACUGUUCGCGAAAGGUUGGAACAGAUCAAGAAGACUGAACUGGGAGCCAAGGCAUUCAAAGAUAUUGAUAUUGAAGAUCUUGAAGAAUUGGACCCUGACUUCAUUAUGGCUAAACAGGUUGAACAGCUGGAGAAGGAAAAGAAAGAACUCCAAGAACGUCUGAAGAAUCAGGAGAAGAAGAUCGACUAUUUUGAAAGAGCAAAACGCUUAGAAGAAAUUCCUCUAAUAAAGAGUGCCUAUGAAGAACAAAGGGUUCAUGAUAUGGAAAUGUGGGAGCAGCAGGAAGAAGAAAGGAUCACCACUCUGCAGUUGGAACGUGAGAAAGCCCUUGAGCAUAAGAACAGACUAUCAAGGAUGCUGGAAGAUAGAGACUUAUUUGUAGAUAGGCUCAAGACAGCACGGCGAUCAAUUUAUGAGGAAAAAUUGAAACAGUUCCAAGACAGGUUAGCAGAAGAAAGGCAUACUCGUUUGGAGGAACGCAAAAAACAACGCAAAGAGGAGAGGCGGAUUGCCUAUUACAGAGAAAAAGAGGAGGAAGAGGAGAGACUGCGAGAGGAGCAGAUGCUUAAAGAGCGUGAAGAGAAGGAACGUGUUGAACGUGAGAAACGUGAGCAAGAACAGCGUGAAUACCAGGAGCGGGUCAGAAAACUAGAAGAAGUGGAGAGGAAAAAACGUCAAAGAGAACUGGAGAUUGAAGAGAGAGAGCGUCGCAGAGAGGAGGAGAGAAGGGGUCUUGAUGAUCCAUUUUCAAGAAAGGAGUCAUCUCGCUGGGCAGACAGAGAUGGUGAAAGCUGCUGGAGAAGAGGACCACCAGAAAGGGACUGGCGUCGGGGAGAAGCACGAGAUGAUGAAAGGCCCUUCCGACGCGGAGAUGAACCAAUUAGACGUGGGGGUGCUGAUGAAAAUGAACAUCCUCCCUCAGAAACAACUGAUGAGACGGGCCCCAGGCGUGAAGUGGAUGAGGACAGGGGCCCCAGGCGUGAAGUGGAUGAGGACAGGGGCCCCAGGCGUGAAGUGGAUGAGGACAGGGGCCCCAGGCGUGAAGUGGAUGAGGACAGGGGCCCCAGGCAUGAAGUAGAUGAGGACAGGGGCCCCAGGCGGGGCUUGGAUGAGGACAGGGGGAGCUGGCGGGCUACAGAUGAGGACAGGGGCCCCAGGCGUGGCCUGGAUGAGGACAGGGGCCCCAGGCGUGGCCUGGAUGAGGACAGGGGCCCCAGGCGUGGCCUGGAUGAGGACAGGGGCCCCAGGCGUGGCCUGGAUGAGGACAGGGGCCCCAGGCGUGGCCUGGAUGAGGACAGGGGCCCCAGGCGUGGCCUGGAUGAGGACAGGGGCCCCAGGCGUGGCCUGGAUGAGGACAGGGGCCCCAGGCGUGGCCUGGAUGAGGACAGGGGCCCCAGGCGUGGCCUGGAUGAGGACAGGGGCCCCAGGCGUGGCCUGGAUGAGGACAGGGGCCCCAGGCGUGGCCUGGAUGAGGACAGGGGCCCCAGGCGUGGCCUGGAUGAGGACAGGGGGCGCGGCCUGGAUGAAGACAGGGGCAAUUGGAGGGCUGCAGAUGAGGACAGGGGCCCUAGGCGUGGCCUGGAUGAGGACAGGGGCCCUAGGCGUGGCCUGGAUGAGGAUAGGGGCAGUUGGGGGGCCGCAGAUGAGGACAGGGGCCCUAGGCGGGGCCUGGAUGAGGACAGGGGCCCUAGGCGGGGCCUGGAUGAGGAUAGGGGCCCUAGGCGGGGCCUGGAUGAAGACAGGGGCCCUAGGCGGGGCCUGGAUGAGGACAGGGGCAGUUGGAGGGCUGCAGAUGAGGACCGAGGUCCCAGGCGUGGGCUGGAUGAGGACCGAGGUCCCAGGCGUGGGCUGGACGAGGACAGAAUAUUGAGACGAGAUGAAGACAGAGGGCCCUGGCGUAGUUCAGAUGAGGACCGACUCUCGAGACGUGAUGACGACAGGGGUCUAUGGCGUGGAGGGGAUGAUGACAGAGGUCCCAGACGUGGCGAUGACUCAAGACCUGGUCCUUGGAGACCAUUUGGUAAACCAGGUGGGUGGAGAGAACGAGAAAAGGCUCGUGAAGACAGUUGGGGACCCCCAAGAGACUCCAGACCCUCAGCAGACCGAGAAUGGGAUAGAGAUAAAGAUCGUGAUGAAAAUGAAAGGGACCGUGAUUUUGACAGAGAUCGUGACUUUGAUCGGGAUGAUCGUUUCCGACGCCCUAGGGAAGAAGCUGGUUGGAGGCGAGGACCAGCUGAGGAAACUUCCAGCUGGCGAGACGCAUCUCGCCGAGAUGAGUGGGACAGAGGUGGUCGUGAUCUUAGAGAUCGGCGUAUUGAUGACAGGGACAGAAGAGGACCUCCACUCAGAGUAGAACGGGAAGAACCCAACUCAUGGCGGCGUGGUGAUGACAGGAGAGAAGAGCGUGGCGAAGAACGUGAAGCUGUGCGGCGACCUGCUCCUGCUUCUGCUUUGUCGCCUGCUCUUACUCCAUCUCAUGCUCCUCCUGCCCCUGCCCGUGCUGUUUCUCCUUCUUCUGCCCCUGCCCCUGACUCUGCCCCUGGCCCUGUCCCUCCCCCUGUUUCCAAGGAAGGAGAAAGAGAUGGAGAGAAAGAGAAGGCUGCCUGGAAAACAGAAAAAGAGAAAGAAUCCCUUCGUCGCAUUAAAAAUGAGACAGACGAAGAUGGAUGGACCACUGUACGGCGUUAAGUCAAAAACAAAAUGCAAUUUAAACAGGCAUUUUAGCAUUGAUUUGGUGAAAUCCACAGAUUAUAUUUGUGCUUAUAAACAUUCUGAAUUGGAGUUCUUUAACCAAUAUUUUGAGGUAACCUGAAAGCAUGAGCCUGUAUUACUUACUUGUAUUUAGAUUGAUCAUGCACAAAACUCACAGCAGAAGGUUGGGAAUUGGAUGCCAGGUUCUGAAAUUUCAAAUGUUGCUGAUUUCACAGAUUGUUACUAAACAAAAAUGUGAACCCUGUGGUUAACUUGGGUAAUACCUAUAUCUCAGACCAAAAAAACCCAGGCCUUUUAAUUUUUAAAUGAAUAUUUUUUCUUUAUUGGAAAUGAGGUAUGAUUCUCACAGAACAUGCAUUUGAAAAUAAAUCUCUGUUCACAUCAUGGUGGCAUUAUUGAAAAGGCAGAGCUGGAUCCAUUUCCAUAAUUGGCCAAAUUGGUUAAAAACCUGUCCCCCUAUUUAGGUAUUUUUGAAGGCAGGAAGUUUUUGUGAGAGGUAUUUUAUCAUUAUCUAAAUUCAGUAAGUUGUUUAAAUUUGAAUGAAUUACAGUAAACAUUAUGACCGUUAGCUACACUGGGUUAUUUUCUGUAGAUUUUACUUGAAUACGUAUGCCUCUAAAGCCAUUUUGCAGUCUUUGUUCUAAUACUGAAUACUGCUGCAGUGUAAAACAACAAAACAUAAGGCUUUUGGAAUUCAAGCAUUUUGGUAAACAUACGGCUAUAUAUUUUCUGUUGCCAAUAGCAUAACUGCUUUCCAUACUGGAUAAUUCAUGCCUUUCAAGCAUCUAUAAAUAUUGUCAUAUUUAAAAUGUGUGAUUUUUGGAGGAAAUGUUCAGAUUCUCCAGUCCCAUCCUGUCCCUGCCCCCCCAUCCCCGCCCCUUCUCCCCUCCCCAAUACUUUGUCUUCAGGGUAAAUGCUUUUCCUCUCAACAAGUGCUUUGUGGUAAUGGCUGCGUUGACUUCAAUUUUGGGGUGCAGUAACAAUGUCAUUGAUUAAGUAGCGGGGAUUUUUGAAGCCAGCACAGAACUUACUGCUGUGUGUUUCUUCUUCAGUGAUAAAUAAACAACUUAUGAAAUUGG